AUGCUGCACACAUUCAUUCAAAAUCAACGUCAACGUAACCCCGCAGAUCAAGAGGUGGCCACCAUACAAAAUACAUUAGGACGGACGAUUUCAAGCUCCAAUAAUAGUUGGAACAACGCCAAAAUGAAUUUACCUACCACUUAUUCAACACAAAAGCAUUCUGUUUAUAAUAUAGACCUCAACUCAUAUCAGCGUUUACAGUCAGGUAGUCAUCAUGAACCCAUCCAGUCUUCAACAGGCUCCUCGUCAUUGAGUGAAAUUUCAUUUUACGAUAUUAAUUAUACUACUAAUGAAAGAAAACUGAAAAUAAAAUGCCCAACAAUAUUUCCAUCGUUUUUAAAACCAAAACCAGCCAAACAAAUUCUACAUGGUCUAUCUGGCAUUUUUAGAACAGGAAUGCAUGCAAUUAUGGGUUCAACAGGAUGUGGUAAAUCUUCUCUACUUGAUGUUCUUGCUCAUCGUAAAGAUCAUCGUGGUUUAUCUGGUCACAUUUUCGUCGAUGGGUCACCAGCACCCAGUUCAUUCAAGUAUAUGGUCGGCUAUGUUGUUCAAGAUGAUAUUAUUUUUGAAACACUUACUGUACGAGAAAAUCUCAUGUUUUCAGCGAAUAUUCGCCUCCCUCGUAACGUAUCGCAUGUUGAGCGUGCAGAACGAGUGGCACAAAUUAUUUCUGAUCUUGGACUUGAAUCAUGUGCUAAUACAUUAAUCGGUACGGACUUUAUUAGAGGCGUUUCUGGUGGUGAACGAAGACGAGCAUGUAUUGGCAUGGAACUCGUUUUAGCACCAAAAAUAUUUUUUCUCGACGAGCCAACUACAGGACUCGAUGCAGCCACAGCUCGAAAAGUAAUGAAAUGUUUAAGUAAUCUUGCAAAGCAAGGACGUACUAUUAUCUUUUCAAUACAUCAACCACGUUAUUCGAUAUUUAAACUUUUUGAUACAAUCACUCUCCUGUCUGAGGGUGAAAUGUUGUACCACGGGCCAGCUAGAAAUGUACUAGACUAUUUUUCUCAUCAAGGUUAUUUAUGUGAGCCUCAUGAUAAUCCGGCUGAUUUUGUCAUUGAUGUUCUCAUUGAUGCAAAGGAAAAUUCCGACAAAAUGGAAAAAUUAAAACUAGCCUAUGAAAAUUCCUCUAUGUGUGAAUAUGUUAUGAACCGUAGAAAACAACAGUUUAUCGAUGAGAGCUUUCAAAUACGAACUGGUCGAAAAUCAGUUAAACUAAAGCAAUUUAUUUGGAAAGAAUUUUACUAUGUUUGUCAGCGGACAUUAAAAAAUACUUUUCGCAAUCCAUCAUUAAUCCUAUCACAAAUAGUCGUGUCGAUUAUUUUAGGACUAUUAGUUGGACUCGUAUUUUUCGAUUUGAAAAAAACAACUGACCCAGGAGUACAAAAUCGUUUAGGUGUAAUAUUUGUUAUUGUUGUAACACAAAUCUUUAGUACACUAACAGCAUUAGAACCAUUAAUUAAAGAACGUGCUCUGUUUAUUCAUGAAAAUGCCAGUGGUUAUUAUCGAACAAUAACCUUCUUCUGUGCUAAAUUCUUAUGUGACAUAUUACUUAUACGAGUUAUUGUAUCUAUUCUUUUCUCGCUCAUCGUUUAUUUUAUGACGGGUUUAGAACGCGAUAUUGGUAAAUUCGGUGUUUUUCUUAUUACAAUUUUUAUGGCAAGUCUAUUUGGAUCGUCAAUGUGUCUUCUUGUUGCAGCGACAAUUCGUUUAUUUAGUGUUUCCUUGAUCAUUGUCAUACUUAUCUUUUUGAUAAUGAUGCUCUUCAGUGGUUUUCUAAUAGCAUUAAAAAGUGUAUUCAGUUGGUUAUCAUGGCUUCAAUGGGUUAGUGCUUUUCGAUAUGCAACGAAUAUGUUAACAAUGAGUGAAUUUCGCAAUAUUGACUUUUGUCUAGUCAAUUCAACGAAUAUUUGUCCAUUACCAGGCUCACAGGUUCUACAUAACGUCGGUUUAGAUUAUACAACCAAUUGGGAUUUAUGGAAAAACUUCUUUGGAUUAUCAAUGAUGACUGUUGGUUUAUUUUUGUUAGCUUAUAUUCAACUUCUUAGAAUUAAGAAGACAAAGUAA